UACAAAUUCUAGUAGCUAACAACCCAAAAGCUAAGGAGAAAAUGGCAAGGGGAAACUCAUCAACAGUUGCACUAGCCCUUGGGCUCCUUUUGAUGAACCUUGUUGGGGAUUGCUAUGCCCAAUGUAGUGCAAAUUUUAAGGUGGGUUACUAUGAAGGAAAGUGUGGCAAGUACGAUGUUGAGGCCAUUACUUUUCAUGUCGUUAAGAAGUAUUAUCUUGAAGAUCCCGACACUGUUGCUGAUCUUGUUCGUUUGAAUUUCCAUGACUGCUUUGUCAACGGAUGUGAUGCAUCAAUUUUGAUUGAGGGUGAAGGAACUGAGAAAGUAGCACCUCCAAAUCUUAGUGUUGCUGGCUAUGAGAUCAUUGAAGAGAUCAAAGUUUAUCUUGAUCAAUACUGCCCAGGAGUUGUCUCCUGUGCAGACAUUAUCGUCUUAGCCGCCAGAGCAGCUACAUUUUUGGGUGGAGCAUACUGGUACAAUGUGGAAACUGGAAGAAAAGAUGGAAACGUUUCAUUAGCAAUUAAUGCUGUACAAGGCCUUCCAAGUCCAAGAAUCCCAGUUAGUGAUGCUAUCAAAUUGUUCGCUAGUUAUGGACUAGACACUUCUGAUUUUGUUUAUCUUUUAGGAUGUCACACUGUUGGAACUGCACACUGUGUUAACUUUGAAGACCGUCUAUACAACUUUCAAAACACCGGAAAUCCAGACCCAACCAUGGCUCCUACCUUGCUUUCUUCUCUUCAAAAGAAAUGUCCUCGUGGUGCUAACUCUAACAACCAAGACUUUCUUGAUCAAACAAAGGGUAGCGAAUUCAAAAUGGACAAUGGUUUCUUCAAAAGUAUUUUGGAAGGUGAAGGUCUUCUCCAAGUUGAUCAAGAACUUGCUUAUCAUCCAGAGACUAGGCCCAUUGUUGUUAGGGCAGCUAAUGAUGAGAAGGUAUUCUUAGCUAAAAUUGGUCCAGCUAUGCGUAAAAUGGGUUUGAUUGGAGUUAUUACUGAAGGAAAGAACAGAGUUGGAACAUGCAGGAAGGUCAACUACUAAUUAAGAUCACUAAAAAACGUAAAAAAUUGCGACCACCUAAAGCCAAUGUGCAAAUGGUCAAACUGUUGAUGAGGGUUAGUUGCAAUAUUAAUGAAGAAAAACAAUUUUACUUAUUAAAUUAUUUAUUUGAGUUAAUUAAUACCUUAAUUACUUCAUUAUAACCUCAUUGAUGAGGGUUUGUUGUUAAUUGUUAAAUUAAGCAUGUAUUUUGAUUGGUCAUAUUUUUCCCAUGUUGGGAAUUGAUGUCUCCUAUUGGGUGUAGGGGAUGACAAGUUCUCUUUGUCAAUUGUUGUAUGUAGGCUUUGUGCUUGCUAACGAAUCACAGUUUAA